AUGCAGGAACGGCAGGUGGCCCAGGCACCGGAAGAAACCCGCCGCAAGCUCGUCCGCAAGACGGCCUCGUUGCUCAGGAAUUUGCGAUCAAAACACGGCACUCUUCGCAAUGGAAAGAGCUAUCAGCAAGAUGAGCAGGAGGCACAGGUCCCAACCUCAGUAACCACAUCAGAUCAGCCCACGAGCGAGAACGACCUACAACUGCCACCACUGCCACGGCCACGGCAACCACACAGUCUGCGAACGGCAGUCGCGACUAUACUGGGUAAGAGACGGAGAGCAGGGGCCUACAGAGUCAUGGCUGCGGGCGACAUCAAAAUACACGAGGACAGCACGGACGUGCGACAGCGUGGUUCUCGCAAGAUGUCGGCACAACUCGAAGAGGACGCUUUCGAGCAUGAAUCAGAGAGGUCAGAGAGCGACGACGAGGUCGAUGAGUCAGUCCUCGACGACAUGCGGAAGCUUGAGGAGAGUUUUCACGGCAUCUCCUCGCGGUAUCGACUGGUCAACCGCAUUGGAACCUUCUCAACCGUCUACAAAGCCGAGCAGCUUGAUGUGGAUGAUGAUCAGGACACUGAGAACAUCCCUGACGAUGACCACGACAGCGACAUGCCGUCCAGCAAGCGUAGGAAGCUUACUACCUCGUCCCAGACCACUGCAGUCCAGCGUCGCCAGAAGAACUAUGUUGCUCUCAAGAAGAUCUAUGUCACAUCCUCUCCGCACCGCAUCCUGAAUGAGCUUGAGCUAUUGCAUGAUUUACGCGGUAACAAGCACAUCUGCCCGCUCCUUACCGCCUUUCGGCACCAGGAUCAGGUCGUCGCCGUUCUGCCUUACUUUCGUCAUCUGGACUUCCGGUUGUACUAUCAUAAAUUCAUUGCCCAAGACAUUCGACACUACAUGUACAGUCUGCUCAAAGGACUCGAAUACGUUCACCAACAUCGCAUAAUCCAUCGAGAUAUCAAGCCAACCAACUUUCUUUACGACUUUCACAACCGACAAGGUCAGCUCGUCGACUUCGGCUUGGCUGAGAAGGAAGGUGUGGACUGGCAACACUGCAUGUGUCGCGAAGACAGAGAGAAGCGAAAGAAGCGCUUCCUCAAUUCCUUUGCCACGAAGGAGUACAUGUCUCGAGAGGGCGAGCGGUGUCCAGGUCUUCCCAAGCACGACAAUCGUCCUGCUCGACGUGCAAACAGAGCAGGGACAAGAGGCUUCCGAGCACCUGAAGUCUUGUUCAAAUGCACCGCACAAACAACCAAGAUUGAUAUUUGGUCUACGGGAGUCAUUCUGCUCACCAUCCUAGGCCGUCGUUUCCCUUUCUUCAACAGCUCGGAUGAUAUUGAUGCCACAAUUGAGAUGGCAACCAUCUUUGGCGAGAGGAAGAUGCAAGGCGCCGCUGCUGCUCAUGGUCAGUUGUUCGAGACCACUAUCCCUAUUGGAGAGAAAGGCUUCACGCUAGAGAAGAUCGUACGAUGGGCAAGCUGCCGAGAUAAGAGCGACGACGACUUGCACGAUGGCGAGAUUCAAGCCGUUGAGUUCCUUGGCUGUCUGCUGGAGCUGGACCCCUAUAAGCGCUAUUCCGCCACCGAAGCUUUGCAGCAUCCGUUCAUCACCGAUCCCAUCGAAGACGAGUACGAAACAAAGGUACGUCUGGCUGCCGAAGCUGGAAACCGCGACUACAUGUCCGAGGAUGAGGGAGAACCGGAAGACGAGGUCGUCGAUGACAGUGAGAUGGAAUGA